AUGUUGUUUUCGAUUCAUUGGACACAAUUCUUUCGGACGUCCGCAAUCAGAAAUGUUUUUUUAAAACUUGUGACGGCAUCUUAUUAAAACUAGCCGGCGUGACAUGAUAAGAACCAGUCCUGUUAAGCAGCUUGCUUCGAGAAAAUCGUGACAGUUCCAUUUAGGUCAGUUCAACUCUUUGCGCAGCUCCCUCGACGACAUUGCGAAAUGUACGCGAAAAGCAUGUUGAAAACCGAAGCAAAUCUGUCGACUGAGAAUAAUUCAUUCCAUGAUACGCCCACACUUAUGGUUGGUGGGAACUAUAUCAAAGAAGCCAAGGACUCGGCAAAGAGCACGUGUCUAAUCUUUUCACCUAAGGAACGGGAUACUGUCGGGACAUUAAGCACCUAUCUUAAAUAUUUUUCUGAACAUGAAGUCAAUUUAUUACAUAUCGAAUCUAGAAGUUCCCAUCGUCAAACGGACGUAUACGAAUUUAUGGUGGAAUGUGCACCCGGCGGGAAUUUGGGUACAGUAAUUGAAAAAUUGCGAGGGCAAUGUAGCUAUUUAUCAGUCAUUUCUAGAAAUCACAAGGAUAAUUUGGGAACUGUUCCAUGGUUCCCAAGAAGGAUUCGGGAUCUGGACAAAUUCGCCAAUCAAAUUCUCUCUUAUGGUUCAGAAUUAGAUAGCGAUCAUCCCGGUUUCACGGACCCUGUUUACAGACAAAGACGGAAGUAUUUUGCUGACUUGGCGUUUCAUUAUAAACAUGGCCAGCCGAUACCGAGGGUCGAGUAUACUGAAGAAGAGAUCGCGACAUGGGGUGAGGUCUUCAGGAAUCUAACUAAACUCUAUCCGAAAUAUGCCUGUAAGGAACAUAAUCACGUAUUCCCAUUGCUCAUCGAGAAUUGCGGCUACAGAGAAGAUAAUAUUCCACAACUGGAGGAUAUAUCAAACUUCCUAAAAGAUUCCACUGGUUUCACGCUUCGUCCAGUGGCUGGUCUACUUUCAUCGCGCGACUUUCUGGCUGGCUUAGCGUUUAGAGUGUUUCAUUCCACCCAGUACAUUAGACACAGUAGUAAACCAUUGUACACACCCGAACCAGAUGUAUGCCACGAAGUAUUAGGCCACGUGCCUUUAUUCGCCGAUCCAUCGUUUGCACAAUUUUGCCAAGUCGUUGGCUUGGCGUCCCUCGGUGCUCCCGAUGAGUACAUUGAAAAAUUAGCCACGUGUUUUUGGUUUACGGUAGAGUAUGGCAUGUGCCGGCAAGAUGGUGAACUGAAGGCGUACGGAGCCGGAUUACUUUCUUCGUUCGGUGAACUUGAAUAUUGCUUGACCGACAAGCCAGAAUUGCGGCCUUUUGAGCCAGCGGAAACGGCGUUGCAAAAAUAUCCGAUAACUGAGUAUCAGCCUGUUUACUACGUUGCUGAAAACUUCGAAGACGCGAAACAGAAAAUGAUUAAAUUCGCGGAAAGUAUUCCCAGGAAGUUCGGAGUGAGAUACGACCCAUACACUCAGAGCAUGAACAUAAUCGACAGCAAACAUCAAAUCGAGGAUCUCGUCUACAACGUGAACCAGGAAGUACAAAUUUUGAUGGAUGCUUUAAGAAAGUUAAAGUCAUAAACUUUCGACAUAUGUAUACUUACAAUUCAACCUACUACAACCUAUUACAAUUAACGUUACAUUAACGUGUUACAUAACAUAUAAUGAUUGUAUCCUAUACAUAUAAUGUAUUUUAAACCAUUCAAUAGUGACGUGUAAAAUAAUAAUAUUUACUUAAUCAUUUUUAAAAUAAAACGAUUUUAUAAAAAUGAGUUAAUGUAAUUCGGAGAAAAUUGACCUGUGAUGGUAGCUGAAAUUGCGAUUUGUAAUUUUUGCAUCUUUCAGGUUGAUGAUGGUGAAAUCUACUUUCACCUCGUCUUAUGAAUUAAUCCGUCAAGUUACGUUUUUUUUAUAAUGUGAUGGAAUAAGGAAAAAGGUUGCGUGAUUCCGGAAGAUAUUCAGCUUAAGUUAUAAAAGUUUAAGUUUUGAGAAUGGAAUAAACAUUUGCCCAAACAAUAAAGUAAUCUUAUUUUCUUAUUGAAGAAAA